GAAAGGCGAACCAUUUUGGCUGAGCGCUAGAACCAGUUUCUCUAGCCGCAUCGAGCUUCUGGUCGCGGUCUACGCGGACUCCACCAGUUUGGUCUCUGUCACGGAUAUUGUUUUUAUUUUCCGUGCUUCACCAGACCUCUAUUUACGGAGAUUAGUUGGAUUGCAGAUAAAUACCUAUACAUUUUAUUUUGUCACUGUUUUGGAGAAAUAGUUUCUCCUCAUGUCCAGGGAUAUGGAAAAGAUGUCCAGACCUAUUCCUAUUAACUCAACUUUCCUACCUCCGACCCAUGGCGUACUCAAAUCUCUGCUGGAAAAUCCUCUGAAACUGCCGUUCCAUCACGAUGAAGGCUUUGGGAAGGAGAAAGAGAAAGAGAAGAAGCUGGAGGAGGAUAGCAACGGGGGCGCUCCACAGUCAGCUUUCCUGGGGCCCACACUGUGGGACAAGACCCUGCCCUACGAUGGGGAUAACUUCCAGCUGGAGUAUAUGGAUCUGGAGGAGUUCCUCUCAGAGAACGGCAUCCCAGCCAACAGCCAGGGUGACCAAAGCCAGCAGCAGCAGCAGCCUCCUCAACCACCACAGCAGCAGGCUCUGCCCCAGCCACCAGCCCCUUCCAACCCCCCCGCCCCCAACGUCGUAGAUCUCAGCAGUCGGGCCGCCCCCGCUGUCCACAAAGGCUUGGUGCCCCAGAACUGCCUGCAGAGCCCGCCAAGAUCAGCUCUGCCGUCAGCCCGCAAUACACCCAGUCCAAUUGACCCAGAGUCCAUCCAGGUUCCUGUGGGCUACGAGCCCGACCCAGCAGACUUGGCUCUGUCCAGCGUGCCAGGCCAGGAGAUGUUUGACCCCCGCAAGCGCAAGUUCUCCGCCGAGGAGCUCAAACCCCAGCCCAUGAUCAAGAAGGCGAGAAAGGUCUUUAUUCCCGAGGAUCUGAAGGAUGACCGGUACUGGGCGAGGCGCAGGAAGAACAACGUGGCAGCAAAGCGUUCACGUGACGCCCGGCGGCUGAAGGAGAACCAGAUCGCCAUCCGGGCGGGUUUCCUGGAGAAGGAGAACUCCGCACUGCGCCUGGAGGUGGCCGACCUGCGGAAAGAGCUGGGCCGCUGCAAGAACGUUCUGGCCAAGUACGAGGCCCGACACGGCCCCCUGUGAGCGGCCCAGCCCCCGACCCCACCCCGUUUGCUACCACCGCCACCCUCUGCCUGCCCGGCCCUCCACCACGCAUGGGCCCCCUCCAUCACCCAGUUCACCCCCCAAAACCCCCCUUGCACCCCAUGCACACCCACACCACCAGCCCCAGGGGGUUUUCAAGGACUAUGCCUGCCCCGUGUGGAGAGGAGGAGAACGUUUCACAGUCCAACGGACACUUCUUUAGAAGCUGAUGUACUCUUUAUGUUGACACAUUUGUUUCUUCCUUGCCUCCUCAGUCACUGUCCUUCCAAGUCCCCCUCUCUAUCCCACCCUACACAUGUACAUAGAUAUAUUACUUGCAAACAGGAUGUAUCCCCCCCCCCCUCAUAUUUUUCUCAUUUUCUUUUUAUUGUUAGUCCUUUGAUGUAGCCACCUGUUGGUCGCUGAGCUGAACCUCUGUGUGGUUACCUCCCCGCCCCCAGAGUCUCGUUUCUUACCGCGUGUCCAGGACAGCCCUCUGUCAUUCUCUUCAGUCUCACUCUUUUUUUUUAUUUCUACAGUCCACAAGAGCAGCUUCUGGAGUGAUUUAUUCUCUCCUCCUCCUCCGCCUCCUUUUCCUCUUCCUCGUCCUGUCAACUCUCUUUGUCCUUCCACUCAGGUCUUGCUGUCUUCGUUUCAUUGUCCUGAGAAUCUGUUCCGGAAAAGAGGAUUGUGAGGCGUUUUAACCAUGGCCCUGCUGUAGCUAAGCAGGGUCAAUGUUUUGUAACUUGUUUUGAGAUAAGUGUUGUAUUGCAGCGUCUCCGCCACCCUAUGACCCCCACGGUCCUCUAUUGUCUUUGUGCGUAACUGCAGCCACGUUACACUAGCUAGCUUUCAAGACCGCUUAUUAUCAUGUGUUCUGUUCUGAAUUUUAUCACUUACCUAUUUCCCCCAUAACUGUGACAUAAGUGUACAGACUUUACUUUUAAAAUAGGUAAUGGUUCAUUUCAUGUGUUUUUAUUUUUUAUGUCAUCACUGCAUCAUGGAGCAAUAAUUCUAGCCUGUUGUCUGCAGCCUCACAGUAUGCGUUGUCUAAAGAACCGUUCUGUGUGCUACCACCUCUCCUCUUUCCCGUGUUCCGUGUUCCACCACAUUCUCAUUAGCGCAUUCAUGUGUGUGUUCUCUCUGCUUGUCUUGUGAAUGAGCUUUGCCUCGGUAGAGGGGGGAAGAGCUGUCCCUCCAAAAUGCUGAGCGCCCAUGGCCCUCUCAGUCCCAGACCCCCCACGUUCCCUGGUGACUGAACCCUGAACCCUGAACCCGACCUGUCCAGCUAACCUCUGCACUAAUGCGUGUGUCACAAUCUGAUCUAGUGUGACCUUUCUACUCCCUUUAGUCUUGUCCUCUGCCUGGUAUUUCCUCUGGAUCAGCUUUCCUUAUCUCUCUACCCUACAAAACAAUGAACUUUUGAAAAAAAAAUUAAGCUGUUAAUUAAUAUUCAUUCUUAUUACUAUUGUUGUUGUUAUUGUAAUUAUGAUUAUUAUUACUAUUAUCAUCAUUGGUUUAAUGAAUAACUCAGCAUGAUUUUCAGAGCUCCUACCUGAAGCAAAUUGUGAACUUUUCUUUUUUUCUGUUUUUGAGCAGACUCAUUUUGUUUGGUUCUUUAUUUGUUUUUCUUUUUCAGAGCAUGAGUAAGGAGAGUGGUUCUGUCAAUCAGUACACAGCUAUACAUAGUUCUCUUCAUUUCUCCUCUUUAUUUUUGUAGCUAUAUGUUUGCCUUCCUCGAAGAUGGCUGUAUGAAUGUAUUGAAUGUAAAAGAUGUUUUUUCAAAGCGUAAGUUGGAUGGUGUUGUCUAAUACUGUGGUUAACCCAAUUAAUUUGUUUACUACAGACCAAAACAUACAGCACAGAUAAAAGUAUAUUGGUUAUCAGAGAUUUAAUGUUUAUAUAAAACUAUUCUAUAAGUUGUUCUUUUUGUACAGUAUUUUUCCUAUACAAUACUGGCUACAUAUUUUAAAGGCACAACAAAUCCAGAAUAUUAUAAAAAAGAUAAAUAAAAAGUAUAUAUAUAUAUAUAAAUGAUAUAUAUAUAAAUGAUAUAUACAUUAUUCAAAAUAUGUGAUUCAGUGUUUUGAUAUAUGACAUUUUGCCAUGGUAGAUGUACAGAGAAUCAAGGCACUCCAGCACCUAUUCAUAUGGGCAUUAUUGUUGACACUCCUGUACCCUUGGUUGUAUGGAUGUAGCCUUUAGCUCCUCCUGUGGUCUCUGGAAUUGUAAUCCAUAGAGCUCGAGUUUCGCCACUGGCACAGAAUAAAAAAGAAAAGUGUAUAAAGCCACGAGGAUGACCAUUAUUUGCAUCCUCCUUCAGAAAUGCACCUGUCGACAAAGAUGUUCGAAACUCAGCAUAUUUCCACGAGUCAGAUACCUGAUGACUCCACUAGAUGUCACUAGAUGUCUUAUACAGUAUUCCUGUUGUCCUCACUAAUGAGAGUGAGAGGUCUGUUGCAUAUUUUGCAGGUGGUAUAUAGCUUUAUUUAUAUAUUAUGAGAGAUGAAGGGUUGGAAUGCCAGACGGGCAACAGGUUUAACAUCUCAGUAUUUUUCCUCAUUGGAAAAAUGGUCAGCGGUUGUAUACAUUGACCUGUGUGGCUGCUGUCCUUGAGUGAGGAGACUGCUGAAAUUGGUUAGUAUAGCUUUAGGUUUAGUUCUCUAUGUGCCCGCCAAAAGUCAUUCAAAGCAAACAGACUAGGUUUCCAUGGCCAGAAGGUUUUGGUGUUUUGCCACAGACGCAAGUUGUUGGGCGGUAUCCCAUAUGCACACUAUAGGCUCCUAUAUGUCAAGAGGAUAAAGCCAAUAUGAUUUCUCUCCGAUCCCCUUUUUUACCUCUUAAUGGAUGAAGUCCACUACCUCACCCUUGGUAAAUACAUAAAAAUGAAACAUAGUGAUUAUAAGUCUAUUCCAGUGCCUUGAACUCACAAGCUGUUCCUCAGACACUCUGCAUUGUUCAGAUUUAACCUACCACCUGGAUAGCUUUAGACAAGGGCUCCCCUGGUCCAUACAAGCAUACAUCCAUUUUUUAGGAUUCACAGACACAGACAUGGGUAGAUGACCAUUGUAUUAAUGGCAACACCAAGAAGACUGUUUUUACAGAGGAGGGUAAAAUAUAAAUUAGAGGUGUAUUCUAUCUUUUAUGUGACAUGGAAUGGAGGCAUAAGCAUAUUUAUGCAGUUUCAGCCCUCAGCCUCUCCCAUUCUCUCUGUAAUAUAUAGUGUUGAAUAAACUAUUUCCAGUUA